AUGACAAGCCCAGUAUCCCCACCAUCCGCCCCAGAAAACACAACACUCCCACACGCAUAUUUCCCAUCAGAAACUUUGGAACAGCCUCAAGCUUCAAAUCCGAGCUCGGAAACUGGUAUAGUUUCGCCUUUGUCACCUCCGACGGAUGAUACUAAAGAUAAGGAAGAUAUGAAAGAUGAGGGAAAUAAGGGGAAUAAGGUGCCUGAUGUAGCGACGCGUAGGCCUCCCGUUAUGGAAAGUAUACCUGCUCUUUGUGGAGCGCCGGGUUUUGCACGUGAAUGGGAGAGGGGAGGGGAAGGGGGUGGGGAUGAUGCGGAUUUUGAGCCUGAGCCUGGUUAUUUGUGUCGUGCGCCGAUGCUCAAAGAGAGGAAUGGAGAGGUGGAAGGGGAGAGUGAAGAGGGUGAGGAGAGUGAAGAGGGUGAAAGGGAAUCUGGAGAUGAGGAGAAUGUUGAUUCGAAGGUGGUAGGAGUAAAGAAAGAGGAAAUAGAGAAGGAGACGGAUAUUUCGAGUGAUGUUAGCGAUAGGAAAGGUGGUAACCCUGUAGAGAAGAAGAAAACCGUCAUACCUAAGAAAGUAGAGUUUCGUGAGGCUGGGAAAGAGAAGGUGGAUGAAUGA